CAUUCUGUGGAUAGUCUAAGCAAUGUGUUUGUUAGCGUGUUAUUGCGAGUCAAAUUUAUAGUUGUGUGUAGUGUAUGGACAUAGAAUACUUUUAAUAGUGUUAAAUAUUUUCGAUGAGUGAGUUUAUCCCGUCCCCCUCAAAAAACGGCAGACCUGAGAUCAUUUUGUUCGCGAUGCCGGAUGCAUCUCCAUUUUCUAAUUCCUCUAUGAGAAUAAUAAUAUAUGAGAUAAGACCAAAGAAUAUAUUAGCAUUGCACACUGCGUAUGCGUAACUAUUAUUCGGACUUCCGAGACUCGGAGUAUUAUAAUAGUGUUCUGUGAUUAUUCGACACAGACUACUUUGUACUUUUGCUUUUUUUUUGUGAAAUUGUGAAUUUGUGAUUGUUGUUCAUAAACUCUUUGUUCAUUGUGAAAUUGUGAAUGUGAUUAUGAUUUGUGAUGUUGAAGCGAUUGCCGAUUGGAUUGGUUUGAUUAUUUACAAUUACAAGGGAUUCUUUUUUUUCCUCUUGUGUCGGAGUUUCUGAUCUGAAAACAAAUUUAAUAAUAUUUAUCGCUUUGAAGAACAUUUACAGAUAAAUAGUAAUCAUGGCUCACUACAAGGGUGCAGCGUCUGAAGCUGGCAGAGCGAUGCAUCUGAUGAAGAAACGUGAGAAAGCCCAGCAGGAAAUCGAACUCCGAAAGAAGAAAAUCGAAGAAGACCUUAAGAUUGAUAACAUCGAGAACAAAUUCGCCACCCAUUACGAUGCUGUGGAACAACAACUGAAGAGCUCCACCAUUGGUCUGGUGACUCUGGACGAAAUGAAAGCUAAACAGGAGCAUAUAGUGCGAGAAAGGGAAAAAAAGUUGGCACAGAAAAAAGCGGAAAAAGAAAAAGAACGACAGAAAGAAAUUGAAGCCAAACAGGCACAGAAAAAUAAACAAAAGAGACAGAUCCAAGCUCUCUCAUUUGACUUAAAUGAAGAUGAAGACGACAGUGAAGAUGAAAUAGAAGAGAAGACAGAAACGGCCUGGCAGGAUCAGAGUGAAGUUGUAUGUAAAAAAAUUAAGAAAAACCCAGAUGUUGAUACAUCAUUCCUACCAGACAGAGAAAGAGAAGAGGCAGACUUGAAGUUACGGGAAGAACUCAGGCUAGAGUGGGUCAUGACUCAAGCUAGCCUCAAGGAUGAGCCUAUUACUGUUACAUUCAGCUAUUGGGAUGGUUCUGGGCAUAGGCGUAAUGUUACACUGAAAAAAGGAAAUUCUAUAUAUCAAUUUCUUCAAAGAUGCUUAGACACUUUGAGGCCAGAAUUUAGUGAACUCAAAACUGUGUCGGCCGACCAACUUAUGUAUGUGAAAGAGGACUUGAUAUUGCCACAUCACUACACUUUUUAUGAUUUCAUUGUAACUAAGGCGAGGGGUAAAAGUGGCCCUCUAUUCCAGUUCGAUGCAUCUGAUGAUAUAAGAUUAGUGAAUGACGCCACACAAGAAAAGCAAGACUCACACGCGGGGAAAGUGCUUCUAAGAUCUUGGUAUGAGAGAAACAAGCAUAUAUUCCCUGCAUCAAGAUGGGAGCCCUAUGAUCCAACAAAAACAUACUCUAAGUACACUGUGAAAGGAAAAUGAUUUUGUACAGCAUAAGUAGGAUUGAAAUGAAUAUGGAAAAGGUAGUAUUAUAAUUACAUUAUUGUAGCAUAGCCAUAUUAAGAUUUAGUUUGUAGCGUAUCCAUAAGUUGAUAACACAAUAGGCUAGUUGACACUUUUUUUUAAAUGGUCUUAAAUUUGUUCAUUAAUGUUCUACUAGACUGAAUUUUUUUUUUUAUAUAUUUUUUUAAGCCGUGACUACAUGAAAAUUUUAGUUUUAAAAUAUGUUUUUGACAACACGCGCCAAAAAUGUCGGCCAUGACAGUCUAUAUUUGAACUGUUUCAUGACGUCACUACAAUAAAUCCCAUACAAAUGGAGCGUUUGACAAAAAUAUUAUAUAACAAUUAGAUCGACAUUUACAUCAAGGGUGACGUCACAAAAUGGACGACAGUUUUUUUGAGGUUUCGAAAAUUUUAAAAAAUACGUGAUAUUUAAAUUAAGUUUUAAAAGAAAUUCUUAACUUUUAUUAUUUGAUAUCAAUAUAUUUUGGACCCUUAUUUUACUAAUAUUGUACUACACUUUGAAAUUAAUACUGUCUAUAUUAAAUAUUAAAUUUGAUAUAAGUCAACUACCCUAUUGCGUAUCAAUCUAUGGAUAAGUGACAAUCUAAAUCUUAAUGUGGCUAUGCUACAUUAUAAAUAGCACUAAUAUUGUAAAAGCUUAUGUAAGUGUUUGACCUAUUUGGCUGAAAUAUGGGAUGGAGAUUAACAUAAGUUUACAUUGUAUCUGGGUAAAUCCAUGGUUCUCACUUGAUCUGUGAAAAACAUGGAGUCGCGGGCGCUAUUAUCUAUGGAAUGUAUAUCAUUUUUAGUACAAAUUGUGAGGCAAACUUUAACGCGCUUUAAACAAGGGAAACAGUUGUUUGUCUCUGAAAAAUAUCAUCUAAAUUAUUUGUAUACAACCUAGCAGUGGCGAAGCAUGGAAAGAUAAAGGCCAGCCGUCCCAAAGAAAAGGAAAGUCAGACCGCUUGAUACAAACUCCGAUUUUACAUACAUUUUUUUUUUUUUUUUCUUCUGGGUUUAUCUGCGAUCAGUAUCAUAACUAUAAGCAGAUGUGUUCUGUGAUAACUUGGCUUUUCGAGUGUAUUCCCCAGUGAGAAUAUCCCCUCAUUGUUUUUAUAGGUUAAUAGGUUUAAAUAAUGUGCUUUCUUUUAAGCCUGCUCUGAUAUGUUCUGUGAAUCAAUUUUGAAGCCAGAACAUUUAGAUGACUCCUUGUCGUGUUUUGUAUUUUUCCGUGACGCUGUCAAUCUCUUCAUUGACAGUUUUCACCUUUAGUUGCUCGUGAAUCUCGUCAUUCUUUAUGAACCACGGAACACCACAGAUCCUUCUCAGAAUCAAGUUUUGGGUCCUUUGCAGGAUGGAUAUGUUAGAGUUGCUGGAACUUCCCCAUAGCUCGAUGCCAUACAUCCAGACCGGCUUCAAUAGUACCUUAUAUAGCAAGAGUUUGUUAUCAAUGGAUAGUUUGCUAUUCUGACCUGCUAUCCAGUGUAUGUUCAUAUAUCUUAUGUUAACCUCUUGUCUCUUUGUUUUGAUAUGGUGGUGCCAGGUCAAACGCCUAUCAAGGUGCAAUCCCAGGUAUUUGACACUCUCUUUAUGUGGAAGCUCAAUUCCAUCUAGGAAUACAGGAGGGCAGUUUUCUUUGCGCAGCGUAAAAGUAACUUGCACAGACUUUGAAGUGCUGACAUUGAUUUUAUUUGAUUGAAGCCAUUUGGAUAUUGCUUCUAAACCUUUUUGAAGAGACCUUGAAGCAACUGCAGGGUCUUUGUCGGUAGCUAGAACCGCAGUGUCGUCGGCAAAUGUAGCAGUUGUAACCCCUUUUACCUCUGGAAGAUCUGCGGUGUAUAAUGUAUACAACACAGGCCCCAAAACUGAACCCUGCGGAACGCCAGCCUUUAUUUCAUAAAAUUUAGAUGUUACAUCUAUUUCCUUUACCUGAAACAAUCGCUCUGAAAGGUAGGAUUUCAGUAACAGAUAAUAGCUAUGAGGGAUGUGUGUUUUAAUUUUAUAUAAUAGACCAUCAUGCCAGACUCGAUCAAAAGCCUGUUGAAUAUCGAGAAAGACUGAUGAGCAAUAUUCUUUAUUUUCCAAUUUCUCUUACUUUAUCACAAACCCUAUGUACUUGUUCAACAGUGGAAUGCUGCUGCCGAAAUCCGAAUUGGUGGCUGGGUAAUGGGCUGGGAUUUUACAUACAUAUGUAUUCAUUCAUCAUCAUCAGCAUCCAUAUUCGGCUCACUGCUGAGCACGAGUCUCACGAGUGUGCAGGUUUCAUCACAAUUUCCUUCACUGUUUAAGACACGUGAUAUUUAAUUUCUUUACAUGCCCAUAACCCUGGACCAAAUUCGAACCCACACCCUCCGGAAUUGCAGGCAGAGGUUAUAUCCACUGGGCUAUCACAGCUCUUUCAUAUAUUCAAUACAAAAAUGAAUAUGGAUAUGAUGAAUAUGUAGGUAACCCGGUGGGAAUCGGCCUGUACCUAUGGACUCUUCGCCGCUGCAAUCUAGUGCCUGCCUACAAUGCCUUAUAAAUCUGUACAAACAAUUUAGAAUUAUAUAUUCUUUAAAAAUUGCUAGGAUCUCAUAUAAUUUCUAGGUGGUAAAGACAGUAUCGCCAAACCGUACAGAUAAGAACCCAUACUCUCAUAAGGUAACCAGCUAAAAAUCUUAGAAUGCAUAUACGUAAAUCAAAUGAACUUUUUUUUAUAUAUUAUAACAUAACAUUAUUUUCUGCAAAAUUAACUUUUAAAAGAUUUUAAACACCACAGAGUUCACAUAGCGCGCUUAAAGUCCGACCGCUCAGAAAUUGCGUUUCUAAUAGGUCGUGCGAAUGGGACAGUCAUACUCAAUUAUAAUUUAUUUGCCUAGUUUUUUUGUCUCUCUCUAUCUCUCUCUCCCACCUCAUGUUACAUCGCCCACCUGCCAUAAACGCAAUCUCUGAGCGGCCGGACUUUAUACGUCGUCGCUGACGUAACACAUGUCAAGACACUAUUGGUUGCCUGAACUUAGUAACAUGGGAAAUUACGUCAUUUUUUGAAUGGAUUAGUAGCGAACUUUUCAGCUAGUCUGGCAAGUUCGUUGGUGACACUCCCAUGAUAUGCGGGCGACGAUGGGAAAGACUGCGCGGGUGUGAAAUCGUGCGUGUCGGGAACUGAGGUGUAUCAGUAGUUGGUUUUUCAUUCAUCGCUACACGGCCGCGCGGCCAUCGGGAGUGUUACGAACGAAGUUGCCAAGCUAUAAUUUAAUUUUCCGGUCAUAAUUUGAGUAAAUUAAAAAAAUACUGUGUGUUAUACACACAUUGUGUAAUACAUGCAUUGGAAUACAAAAGUAUUGUGCCUUCAUUCGAAUCAAGGUAUAAUUCGGAAUAUAGGAAUCUGGCAAUAUUAUUACCUAUUGGCAGAAAGGCGUACUGUUCCAACUGAUAUUGUUGGUAUAAUGUUAAAGUGAUUCUUUUUCUAUAAUAUACAGCGCUAAUUUGCUUGUACUUUAAAAAUUAAAUUAUUAGGUAAAUUAAGCUUUAUUAGGUAAUUCAUACAUUACAAAUAUUCUUUAUUGAAUAAAAAAACCUCUGUAUUUUAAAGUUCUUUGUGUAUUUAUUCUCUUUUAACAUCAAAUUAACACAGGACUGUAAAAGGAUUUUUUACAGGUUUGAGUACAACCAAAUUAGCAGUAUUGUUGUGAAUAAAGCAAUAAUUAGAGAUAGUUUAUUUUUAACUUUAUUUCAUAAUAAAAUAAUGAUAUACAA